ACAGCUGUUUGCAAUGCCCGUCGAGUUGACAUAGAUCACUAACAAUAAACAUUCACGAUUAGUAAGCCUGCAACCUGUAAACUGCACGAGCAUUGAGCCGUAGAUAUGGCGGCAUCAAAUGCCGCGUCUAAGCAGGACGUAUUCUUAAGAAUCGAAUAUGCAUUUCCGAUCCUCAAACAGAAGGUACUCAGCGAAUGUUCGGACGAACAGUUUAACGAUAUACUCAAGCAAAUGAAUGAUUUGAAACUGUUGGAAAGGAUUGAAGAAAUAGUUAUACAGAGUAUAGAGUACUAUAUUCGUCAACACCUAGCCCCAGAAUUCUGGAGCAAUUUUAGUAACACAACAAAUGAACAACAUGGAUUUGAAUGCUUCAAAAAUGCUGUUGAUGGCUUGUAUUCCAGCUUAAUAGAGUUCCUACCAAUGUUAAAACGACUGGAACAACUUGUGCAACGAAAGGAGUCUGGUGAAUCGUUCUAUGGAGAAAAUAGUAUUUUAGGACAGUUUAAACUUAUUGUUAAAGCUACGUUAUUGAGUCAACUUGCCUUGGAUCAUGAAAUAAUCAUAGAACACUUCUAUAGAAUAGCAUUCAAUGUGUUUUGUAAUAGUGACACCUCACCACAAGAUGAUUCGAUUGGUAGUCUCGGCCUCUGCAAAGGUUGCAAUCGGGAAAUAGACGACUGCCAGUGCCAGGCAAUAGUUUACAUAUUUCAUGAAACAAAUCGGAAAUUAAUCGAGCUUGAACUGCUCGAGCGAUUAGUUGGAAAUGUCCUGACUUCGCUGAUACAUAUCCGCAUUGAGAGUCAUGUAAAUAGGGCGUGUGAGAGCAGUUUUGAUGUAUCACAAUUGACAUUUUUGGAAAACUGGCUAGAAACAGUUGUUAUGAGCUGGUUGACAAGAAUAUAUUCUGGAGGUUCUUCCAAAUCCCCUUCUUUGAGCAGCAAAACGCGUGAGACAAUCAAUAAAUUCAAAUACAAAUUGUCGCACUUCCUUUAUGAAACAUAUACGCGAACGAGGAUUGACCAGCUGUUCAACAUCAUUAUAGAAUACCCAGAGUCACAGCCGGCAAUAGAAGACUUACGAGUUGGUUUGGAACGAACAGAUUUACGCAAGACUUUGGUUGAAAGUUUACAAGAUGCUUUGAAAACAAGGCUUUUACAUCCAGGUGUGAAUACCCCUGAUAUUUUAACAGCGUACAUAGCAGCCAUCAAAGCAUUGAGACAGUUAGAUCCGACUGGGGUUCUUUUAGAAACCGUUACGCAACCAGUAAAGCAAUACCUGAGGAGCAGAGAAGACACGGUAAGAUGCGUGGUUAGCGGUUUGUUGGACGAUUCCCCUAGCGACUUAGCUGAUGAAUUGGUGAAGGGUGAAUCGUUACAGUUGGAAGAAAGUUCGGUGGAUGAGGAAGAUGAAGACUGGGAAAAGUGGACGCCAGAUCCAGUCGAUGCAGAUCCUUCCAAAUCAUCUCAACGCCGAGUAUCGGAUAUUAUAUCCAUGCUGGUUAAUGUUUACGGAAGUCAAGACCUGUUCGUUAAUGAAUAUCGAACUUUAUUAGCGGAUAGACUACUUUCGCAGCUAAAUUAUCAUACCGAAAGAGAAAUUCGUCAUUUGGAAUUGCUCAAAAGACGUUUUGGAGAAAAUCAAUUACACUAUUGUGAAGUAAUGCUGAAAGAUGUUUACGACUCAAAAAGAAUAGACGGGAAUAUACAGUCAGAUUCCAGUUACUGUGUUGAAGCGCACCUUUUCCCUACUUCUGCGCUUAUUCUAUCAGCUCAAUUUUGGCCACCUUUCAAGGAAGAGUGGAAAUUAGAAUUGCCAAAAGCUGUUCAGGAUCAGCUAGCCAAGUACAUGAAAGCAUUUGAAGCUCUUAAAGGGAACAGAACGCUGUGCUGGAAGCCUCAUUUAGGAAAUGUAAACCUGGAAAUACAAUUGAAAGACAGGAAAUUGAACAUGAAUGUCACACCUAUCCAUGCUACAAUCAUCAUACACUUUCAAAAUAAAAAUGAAUGGACAAUCGACGAACUGAGUGAAGCAAUGCAUGUCCCAGCAACUGUACUCCGUCGUAAAAUAACGUUCUGGGUAUCUCAGGGUGUUUUGAAAGAGAUCUCAAGCGAUAAGUUUUUACUGCAAGAAGAAAGCGCAACUAAAAAUCGGUCGACGACUGAAAUUGUUGAAGAAGAGGAAGUAGAAAGUGCAAUGGCUUCGGCUAGUGAUCAGAGGGAGGAGGAAUUACAAGUAUUUUGGUCAUACAUCGUUGGAAUGCUGACGAAUUUGGAUUCUAUGCCCUUGGAGCGAAUACAUCAAAUGUUAAAAAUGUUUGCCUCGCAAGGGCCAGGCGCUGUGGAAUGUGGUUUACCAGAAUUAAGACAUUUCUUGGAUAAAAAAGUUAGAGAACAUCAGCUAUUAUUUUCUGGUGGAUUAUAUAGAUUGCCUAAAUCGUAAUGAUUGUUUCUACGAUGAUCGAAAAAUAAU